UGGAGUCUAGCCCUCUAGCCUCGAGAUCACCACCUACCCGCAGAGAAAGGCAAUCCGGGAAGUCACAGUAGUAAGUCCAAGCCUUUAUUCCUGCCAGAACACAUUGCUCAGGCACCUACUCACUCGGGGCGUUUGAGCAUCUAGCCAGUGGCUCUCGACAAUGGAGCACGACAACAAGAGCCCAGAUGAUGGAGCAAGCCUACCUGCUGUCGUUGAUGAUGCUCCCCAGCCUCCUACUCCUGGCCUGUGUGCCAGUAACAAGCGUGCCUUUGAAUUAGCAUUCCCUCAACCUUCACUUUACCCAGAUUGCAAGCGUACCUGUUCUCAAUCCUGCCCCUCCACACCUUCACAACAUAAGAACUUCAAUCAUGUUCAGAAUGGAGAUGAUGUUUCUGCCGAUGUCGAUGACUCCCCUACUAUUCCUAGCGAGUCUUUUGAGAUGGAACUGGCUAGACACCAACUGCUGCUUGACCCUGCUCUCGUCAAUCAGACUCUUGUUACUAAUGUUGGCGGCGAUGCCGUUGCUAUCAAUCAUUCUUGUCAGGUGGAUCCCUCCGAAGCCGAGAUAUCUCUCGACCGAAGUCACAUUCAAGAGACCUCGGCCGCCGAAAGCAACACAGUUGAGUCCAACGAGGCGCUUGCUACAAGGAAAGAGACGCUUUCUUCACUCAACGAGUCGCGUGCGUUAGUUAGUAAAGCAUUUGCUUCAUGCAAUAAAGAGCGACCCUUAGGCGCCGCUGAGUCUCCCCUCGAGCGCUCGCGCAAUGAAAUUCGAAAAUGCCUUGAGGAUAUCAAGCAGAACACCCCCAGCGGCGUGAUUGAUCAAGAUACUACCACCAUCCUAGUCAACGAGAUUGUGGAGAUCAUGAAUUUAGCCUUGCCCGAGGAGGCCAAUAAAAUCAGAUCCAGUUUCUUCUCAUCUGAGAGUGAGCCCAUACAUCCAGUGAAGAUCGAAACUGAACAAAUACCCUCUCAACAUACUAAUCUGUCUCCUUCUGGAAUGCUGUCUCUUCACGACUAUAUUGGCGACUCCACUUCACCUUUGUCCCCUUCAAUCUUUAGUCCUAGAAUUGAAUUCGCUGCCCCUUGUACUGCUAGCAGCGUCAAACACGACGUAUCGACCCAAACCGAGCCAAUGGCAAUCGUCACUAGCAUAACUGGCACUGGGAGUCAUACAUCCCAUCAACUUGGUCUUGGUGACACAGAGCUCUGGCAAAGGGAGUUGGAAUCAAUCCGCCGACUUAAGCCUCUCGCUAACGGAGCUUAUACGAAGGUUAAUGUGCCUCUGCGAGAGACAGUCAAGACAUAUACAUCGUCUGGCGUUAAGAAUAAGCAUAAUAGCAACGUUAGGCUGAAGUCUCUUCGUAGGCGUUCUCAAUGCCCGAGUGCUGAGACAAAUCUGAAUAUUAAACCCGAAAAUUGCGACGUCGUCUAUCUUUCUGAUACAGAUGAGGAAAAUAGAGAAUUGCGCACGAACAAUUCUUGCCGUGUUGGUGGAGGUGACCCUGGGGAUGACUGGUUGUAUGGUCCCAUCAGUGACGAAGAAGAGAGACCGAUUCGUGGCCAGCACUCUCUGUACAAAGGUCCUUCUGAUGGCAAAAGUGGUGCUAUUAUGGAAUUUUCUGAUGACGGAGAGAGCGAUAUUCAGGAAAGUAUUGACAAAAAGGCAGCCAUAUCCUCCAACAGGCCCAUGGUAUCCACGGGGCGUUACGACGGCAAUGAUUCUAUUGACGAAUACGACAACAAUGCCUAUUAUGCGAACACCCACAAUGGCCAAAACACUCUGAACCACAAUGAUGCGAUCAUAGUGAAUGGGCGAGAGGAUUCGGGUCUCAAAUAUAAACCCGCCGUAGCUCCCAAUAGAAUAAGCUACAUUCAGCGAGGCCGUUCGCGUUCUCCAGUAUACCAACGUCGCAGGUCUCGUACAGACCGACAUUACUCUCCGAGAUACUCGAGUGAAAAAUACGCAGUGCAGGUUCGUUGCCAUAAUGCAGAGCGCCAUUAUGCUUCGCCCAACACUUGGAGACAACGUUAUAUCAGAGAUGAGCCAGAACAUCUCACCUUCUAUGGCUAUACUACCACCAAAAAGCCUAGUCGUGAAGUUGAGCGUGCAUUACGAUACCAAGAUCGCUUGAACGACGUCGGGGAGAUCCCUGGGCCGCAAUCUGGCCUACGCUUCAAGUUAGACAAUUACAUCCGCGAUAUUCGCUCAGAUGCUGUAGGCCUAGAACAGAAGAUCAAGAGCGUGAUCCAAGAAACCUUCUACGCUUAUGAGAGCAUUGAUGAGGAACAAGCACUGCAAAGAUCCUGGGCUGACCAGCCGAUGAAUAUAUACAAAGGGUUUCCACUGGUCGAAGAUGUCGGAUUUGUUAGUGUCCGCAAUCACACCAGUCCGGACGGAGAUUGUUAUUGGCGUGCUCUUGCAUACAUUUUGCAUGGAAAGCCUACUCGCUGGGAUAUUAUCAAAGCCGAUCAUCUAGCGUAUAUCCAGCAUGUACUCAGUGACAAAACUCAUCCACGGCAUCAAUUGUAUGCGCAAUUGAACGCACAGUUCUUUGAGACUCAUGGUGGACUAGUGAGUAGUAAUGGUUGUGCUGCAAUAACAGCUGCAUUUAAGGCUAAUGUCUGGCAAUUGCUGCACCUACCGCAAUCUUGGACGCCCGGCGUGAUGCAACAGAUCACAGCAGACCUAUACAACAUCUAUCUAGUCACAUUCACUUAUGACCAAUUGAAGAACAUGUGUUCCGAGGUCAGUAUCCGCGGUGUCUACAAUAGCCGCCAUGUGUUCAUGCUAUACACAAAUAAUAACCACUUCCAACCACUGACGGUCAACGAGUACCUGAGCUAGGAAUUCCGGUAUCCGCGCGUAACAGUGGAGGCAACAGCGCGCUUUUCGAACGCGCCAAAGGCAGCUUCUAAGAAGUGUGCCACCGAGCAUCCCUGGAGGA